AUUAACAAGUUUCAUUAUAAAACAUUUAUUUUCCUCUUUUUCUGCAAAAACCAUGAAAAUGAUCGCGUCUCUCUUCGUUGUCUUUGCUUUUGCUUCUUCGGCUCUUGGUGAAUGUCCAGUUCCUCCAACUACUCCUGGUGCUGAUAUUGGCAAAAUUGCCGGUCGAUGGUAUGAAACCAUUGAAAUUUUACCUAAUCUAACAACAACCCUUACGUUGGAUUUCACUCCUCGUGAUGAUGGAGACUUCAAUCUUACAACUCAUGCACCUUUUUCAAAGCAUGAUGAAUAUAUAUUAGCCAAACGUACUGAUAAUCAAAAUGUACUCAAUUUUACCGAUCCGGACCACAAGAUUCGAUUCCAAAAUACUUUCAAUAUAGCCGAUACUGAUUACGAUAGCUAUCUGGUUGCUUAUAAUUGUUUUAUUUUUCCUCACCACUCCGCCGUCCAUGCGCGUUAUGUUUUAUCAAGGACUGAAACUAUGAAUGCUGACAAGUUAGCCCAACUGACCGAUUUGGUUAAUAAAAUUGGCGUUUCUCCCGACUGAGUUCCACCAGUAAUCCAUUAAGACUAAAUAUUGACCAUUUUUCUAGUCAUGAUAUUCAAUCUCGAAUAAAAUUGAAUUUCACUGUAUUAGCUGAUAAUCCUAAA